UCUGAAACUCUCCUGUUGUAGCGAUGUCUCCUGAUGUAGGUCAGCUAAGUCCUUUUUAUAUCGUGUGUUUUUCAAAAUUUCAAUUUUUAGUAAUUGUUAUAUAAAACUGGAAAUUAACAAUGGCAACUUUGAAAACAACUUUACACGUGUUAUAUAGUAUUAGAGUGGUGGGUAGAGAGGAUUGUGGCAGAGAAGAGUGCAUUUUUUAACAAAAAUAACAAAAAUAUUCUGUUAGUAGCCUACGUACUCAGCACUUCAGUAUCCAUGAAGACGCAAGCUCCUAAGAAUGUAUGUUCAGUGUAGACACUCUACAUGGAAACUCAUAUGAACAUGUGUCCUGGCUAUAAUCCUGACUGUGUUAUGUCAACAGACAAGAAGGGAUGAGAAGCACCAGUCUUCACAAAGAAUCCAUCCUCUUGUUCUGUAGAGAAGAGUCUUAGUGAUGUGCAACGUUCAGUAAAAGGCGCACAGCUUUCAGAGUGGUGAGCUUGAGCUAGUCAGCAAAGAGUAGAUUGAGUGGAUGAUUUAUUCUCAUAUCUAAGUCUUCAGAGAAGUUUGGUGUCCUCCUGGUAUCCCUCUUAGUCAGAAGAAUUCCAAGAAAUGUUCUGCCUCAAAGAAGUGGAAGCCAUGGCAAUGAUGUUAUGAAAGUGUUGGCUAUCUCUUCCUGAUUUUACCUGUCCUAGAGAAUGAUACAGAAAAUAAAGUAUGAUCAGUAUUAAUAAUUGUUCCACAGUGGUCAAGAAGACACUAGUUUUCAGUGCCUGUACCUUCAGCUGAAGGGAUUUGCUGAACAGUUGUUCAGACUUGCACUCAGACCUCAGUCUGUGUAAUGAGACAAAAUCACUAAUUGAGAGGCUUGCUUUUCAAACAGUUUAAACUUUCCCAACUUCCAGAAAUGAAAUCUACAAACUGAAUUUACUCCAGGAUCUGGCUUGCUUCCAAUAAAUAGAAAAGAAUAAACCAGGUUUCCCUACAUUAUACACACACACAUUUCUUACAGAAGCACCACUUGUCAGUCCAUAUCAGCAUAUAAAUGUCAGACCUAGAAUAUAAAUACUAGCUAUCGGCACUGUAUUCUCAAUUCCGUACCCUUCCUACUUCCUGGUUAUAUAAAAUAAAGGCUUACUUUUGGACAUCCGCUCUGCAGGAGAGACUUUGAACCUGUCUGUCUGUCUGUUUAUGCUACAUCCAUCAUCCGUGGUCCUUGAAGUAUGAUCAAAACAUUUGUGCUCUUUUCACAAAGAUUAGAUGCCUUCAAAGGAUCCAGUCUUCAUUCCUAAAGUAAACUCAGGUUAAACCAGAUUGUAUGGAAAAGGCUUGAAAUGAGUGGGAUGUAAGAUUCAAUCAGUGUCUUAGGUGCUCCCGCGCCGGUGAUAUAUGAAACACAGAGACCAGUUAAGCGGAAGCUUACAAAGGACAUAACCUGUCUGAAAGAUUUCAUGAAAGAUCCCAAAAGAGAGGAACCGCUAGUUGGUUUAGAACAUGUGGUUGAAAUCAGAUUUGAAGGGAGGAGAGAGCCACAUUAUGAAUGCAAACUAUGUGAAUUUAACACGGAGAUGGCACCUAUGAUAGAACAUCUCAGUGGCUAUAAACACAGAAGAGCAUAUAUUUCUAAAGAAUUUCCAGAUAAAAUGAAGAAGAACACACCAGGCGUGAAAGAGGACAAAGUCUCAUUUCUCAGACGGAUAGCAAGAGAGAUAGAAAAGACUGAAGGCUUAAAGAUCUAUAAGACUGAAGGUUAUACAAGACCCAGUAUAUCUUCCUCAUCAUCAAAGAAAAAAUCAAGGUGGGAAGAUGAUUACAAGCCUGAGAAUGAUCCAGUUCGAAAGCAGAAAGCCCUAGAAUACUUGGAAACUUUUCGGGUCACCUCAGACACAGAAGCAACUCUGGUAGUUAGUAUUACACAAGAUCUGACAGAAGCUUUGAAGACCUUUUGUAAAAAGAAAGCAGCUGUCAAUUAUGCCAGCAGCCUGAGGCCAUUGAUGUCAAUAUCUCAAGAUGAGCUUUCAGCAGGAAAAAACAUCCAAAAACCCUAUAAGUCUUAUGAAAAUUACAAAGGCAAUUCAGGAAAUACUAACUGGAAUCAAGAUUUUUCAUCUCAAAGACCUGAACAGGCACAAUUUACAUCACAAUUAGAUGCAAACCCUUCAUUCACCACUGCCAGUUCAUACAGUUACCAACCAAGUGAUGGAUCAUCCUCAUAUGGACUAAGACCUAAUGAUUCUGCAACAAUGGCUGCACUCAGUAAUUCAUUUGCCCUUCAGACGGGAGGCUUUGCAACUGGAAUCAAUGAAUGGCUGAAGCAAUUCAACCAAUCUGCUUCUGUAUCCUCCCAGUCCACUUCAGUUGGAGGCACCUCUCCCUACUUCACAUAUUCAGGAAGUGGGUAUUCAACAGAAUACAAGUCUAAUAGUGCCCAAGGAAACAAAACUACAGAACCUGAUAACAGAAGCGCUUAUGGUGUUGGAAGUACAAACUGGAAGAGUCAAAGAGCAUUUACAAAUACAAGGAAUUUACCUGACCAGAGAUCAACCUAUUCUGCUUCCUCUGCUACAUAUCCUUCAUCUGGAGGAUAUUCAACAAACUAUCCUUUACAAGGCUGUUCAUCUUACUACAGGAGUGGGUCUGCAAAUUCCACUUCUUCAUCAAGAGGUGGUUCUAGUUGGUCAGAAGAAUUGAGAUAUCAGAAAUCAAAUUUCAAGACCGAUUCGGCCUCAUUUCAUUCCUCCUCUUCUGUCCACAAUUCAUACAGAGAUUGCCAACAACAAAACAGAGAGUCAGAUAAGAUGUUUGAUGAAAAUGCCAGUGGUCUUACUCCCAACAUUCUGCAUAGACUUCGAGGAAAGGAUGUACCUACAAUGACCAGAAUGCUUAAGCAGCUGACUCCAUAUUAUCCAGCACUUCAAAAAAUCAAUAUUGAAACAUUAGUCAAAGCAUUAAUUGAAACUAGAGAAAUAAAUUAAGAAGAUAAAACAGCUGAACUGGAACAGAUGAACAGAACACUGAAGAAUCUUCAUUUUGAGUUUUUAGGAAACUGAACAAUUUAGUUCUGGAUGUGGUUUGUUUUUUUGUUUUUUGUGGAAGGGGAUAGGGUUUGUUUUUAGUACAGUAAAAAUGUAGUUGGAGCACAAAUUAUUGUCAUGGAGAUGAAUAUACUGUCCAGGCAUUUUUAUGCAUUUGUUAAAUAUUUUUAGUAGAUUGCAGUGAAAACUCUAGAUUUUUGAGGGCUGGUUAAUAUUAAUCACCCUUUUCCAAAAAAAGGUUUUGUAUGUUAUAAUCCAUUUAGAAAGAAUAUUCACUGAAAAUAGAGUUCCAUUGCAUGAAAAAUACAGAAAUGCAUUACUUCACAUAUGAACAAAUGGCCAGUUCUUCUAAUUUUAGACUUUAUAACUAGUUAGGAUACAUUUUAGAAGUGACUAUACUGAAUUUCUUUUUGGAACGCAUUAAAAUGAUGGGCCCUAAACAAAACGUUUCUCCUACUGUGAACUCAAAAUGUGCUCUUAAAUAAGAAAAUGCAAACACUUGUUAGUGGAAAAACUUAACCAAUGUUAUUUUUAAAUUGUAAAAAUGCACACAAAUAUGGAAAUACAACCAGAAUUACAUUGUA